GGCUGCUGGGCUCAGAGCCAGUCCUGCGUGGCAGAGUCUCACAGCUGUCUCCAGCCUUCAGACAGUGGGUCUGCCCUGCUCCAAACUCCACUUCAGCCCUUGCUCCAUCGUGCAUGCCUUGGCUGCUGGCUUUGCCUAGAAGAUGGAUGGUCCAGAGCUGAGCUGGCUGGUGAAUCACUCCCUUCCACUGGGCUCUGCUCAAUAUCCUCAGCUCAGACUUGACCUGCUCGACAGGAGGGGUUCCUGCCUGCAGCUGGUUGCCAUGACGAACGUGAACAUCAUCCUGCAGCACUACAACUUCACAGGCAAGCUGACCAACCGGCAGUCUGGGGAUGAGGGCAUGAGUCUCGUCCGCACAACUUUUGCCGUCAUCAGCUGCAUCAUCAUCCUGGAGAACCUGCUUGUGCUGCUGGCCAUCAUGCUGUGCCUGCAAGCCCGCCGCUGGGUCUACUCCUGCAUUGCCAGCAUCACUGUGAGCGACCUGCUCGCAGGGAUUGCGUACCUUUCCAAUCUCUGCCUCUCAGGCAAGAAGACCUUCCAGCUUUCACCUCAACUCUGGUUCCUGCGAGAAGGCAUCCUCUUCAUCGCGCUGGCUGCCUCCACCUUCAGCUUGCUUGUGACUGCCAUUGAGCGCUACAGUGCCAUGGUAAGGCCGAUUGCUGAGAACGAAGCCAGCAAGACCCUGCGCUUACGCAGCCUGAUCAUUUCCUGCUGGCUGCUGGCCUUCAUCAUUGGACUGCUCCCACUGCUGGGUUGGAACUGUCUGUGUGACUUCAAUGCCUGCUCUGUCCUCCUGCCUCUCUACUCCAAGAACUACAUCCUUUUCUCCGUAGUCAUGUUCAGCAUCAUCCUCCUGGGGAUAAUAGGCCUCUACAUCUCAAUCUUCCAGCUGGUCCAGGCCAGUUCUAAGCAAACCAGUUCUCGGCACAGCCGCAAACGGUCCCUGCGCUUGCUCAAGACUGUGCUGAUGAUCCUGGGUGCCUUCAUUAUUUGCUGGAGCCCCCUCUUUGUCCUGUUGCUCCUUGAUGUCUUCUGUGAGACACAGAACUGCACACACCUCCACGGCCUGGACUGGACUUUGGCUUUGGCCAUGCUUAACUCAGGCGUUAACCCCAUCAUUUACUCCCUCCGGAGCGUGGAGGUGCGCCGUGCAGUGGGAAGCCUGCUGUGCUGCUGCUGUGUCAGGGUUGGGCUUUGCAAGCCUGGGAACUGCUUGGUCAUCACAGACAUCAAUUCUGGCUCAUCCACAGAAAGCUCCCUGCGUUACCGGGAGAGCUUCCGCAGCUCUGUAGCACUGAAUGCCCGGCCCAGAGCACCUCUCUCCAGCAACUCCAGCAUGAUGAGCAAUCUCCCCAGCCUCUGAGAGGCCAUGGGGAGAGCAAACGAUGCCAGGCAGCCCACCAGGACCUCAUGCUGCUGGUUCUGGCCUGGCAGAAUUGUAACCUACAUGCAGCUCAGGCUGACCAGGUGCAGUCCCAUCCCAGCUGUUAACUGUGGUGAGGCUUUCCAAUCCCUUCAGACUUGCAUGUUGCUCCAGUGUGGGUGCAGCAUAGGGUCAGGCAUUGCUCCUAGCAUGGGAGUGAAGGGUAUGGACACAUUUUGGGAUAGAUGCUCUGCUGAGACAACUGCUGUGCCUAGGUUACAAGUGGACCCUGCUCUCUGUGUGCAUGUAUAUAGAUGCUGUACCUUCCCAGAUGAGGGUAUUUUGCCCCAGAGCACAGUGAGGAAUAGGAUGAGUAUCCCCAGCCAGACUGCUCUCCAACCCCUUCGGAUCAGACUGGGCUGGCAGUGCUGCCACUGCAUGUUAUGCAGGGCUGGAGGCGAUACCUGAGUCUUCUGCAGUUUACAGCCUUCUGGAACUGCUGUGAUUGGCACAGCUGCUGGAAAGGAUGCAGGCUUAAUGUCUUGCCAGGGAGUCAAGAUCAACCGGGUUUGCAAGUGCAAGUGUGUGCAGCUGCGGGGUAGCUCAGAAGCUGCUGGCCAGGAGCAGGUACCCACCUGUAGUGCAGCACAAAUGAGCCACAGGAUGGCGAGUGCUGCAGUAACAGCCCAGUCCCUCACCAGAGUGCAGAGGCUGGGCACCAUGCCUCGGCAAACGCUGUGACUGCUUACAGCCUGGCAGCAAGAAGUAUGAGCUCUGCUGUGCCUCUGGGCCUGGGGCUACGUCUGCAGUGUCAGCCCUGGCACUACUACGGGCAGAGAGAGGUACCCACAGUGACUGGGGAGCCUGGUGCCAUCCUGCGUGGCAGAGCUACCUGCUCCCAUCUGGCUGAGCCUCUCAGGUAACACACACCCGUACAGCAGAGGGUUUGCAGCGCUGUGGCCUCCCAGAGACGUAGGUCAUGCUCAGCAAAUCUGCCAAGUUCCAAGGUCCCCACACAGGGGGAGAUGCUCACUGUGUGGACACUGGAAGGCUGAGCAGCAGCUUCUAGACGGCUUUGCAUUCUAUUGUCUCUGGUGGGGUUUGGCUCACACCUGAACAGAAGCAGCAGGAAUUGUUUCCUUUUCCUUUUUGAGCCAAAAAGGCUGCAUCCUUUGAGAAAUCUUUUUGAAAAUGGUGUUUGCAACAGAACAGAUUUGCAAGAGUCGCUUCAACAGCCUGGAACAGAGUCAUCACCUGGCAAGAAUGGGGUGGAACCUGCCCCAAGCCCUUCUGAAGUUCAGCACAGCUGGGGAAAGGAAUGGGGUCUGAUCCCAGCUUGUUUGCUCACGUAUGGAGUCACAUAUGGAUGCUCCCUACUGCCCCAGCGGUCUGCUGCCCUUGCCUCUCUGAAUGCCAUGCCUUCUCUCCCCUGAGCUGGCAGGCCAGUGACUGCCUGGCUGCGGCCUCUGUCAGUUCGCUGGCUGGUAUCUCCGAAGCGUCAGGAGAGAUCCCAAGUUGCUGCAACUUCACGAGCAGGAAGCUUAAGAGGCAGCCAAGUUGUGCAUGGACACAGCCCAGCUGGCAGCAGAAAUGGACUUUUCCAUGGGCAGGCAGAUAGCUGUGCUGCAUGAGGUUCCUGGGGGGAACUGCUCCCAGGGCAAGGCUGGCUGGGGCCAGCAGAGGCUUUUGCAGGGCUUGAAGACCUUUGCAGGAGUUCUGGCAGAGCUGGGGCUGUUACAGGGGUCAAGCAGCACCAGCAGCUCCCAAGGACCCAACAGAACGCCUGCUGGAACAGGGGUGGUGGGCACAACGACACCCACAUGCCAGGCCAGCAGGUUGCAGAAGUUCAUUGGGGCCAGGCUUUAGCCCUGGUACUGAGAGGACUGUUCGGUGCUACGAAACAUGGCUGGCUCCAAAAUAGCCCCAUUCCUGCCUGGGUCUGGUAGAGACCCAGUGGGGCCCAGAAGGCACUGCCAGCUUGCACAUCAGAUUCCUGCUCUUCUAUUCCCUAACCAAGUGAAAAAUCAGAGUGGCACCCAAAUGGCCUCUUCUCACCAUACAAGGAAGCCAAAGCCACCCAAGCACUAGGGAAGAGAAGCUCCCGAUGACUUAAAACCUGCUGACCCGUCCCCUCAGCAGGAGUUACUGAGCUUCCAGCCCAUUUGUUUUGCAAUAAAUCUAGAUGAU